CCUGAGUGGGAAUUGAACCUAAGACCCUUUGGUUCACAGGGUGGCACUCCAUCCCCUGAGCCACACCAGCCAGCCUGAAAAGAUGGGAUUUUAGCUGAGGGCAAAGAGGAGGCAUUGCAAUGAUGUAGACUACAGAAAGUCAUGGGAAAGACUGUAAACACAUCCCUGGACACCGUGGUGACACAGUUCAUCCUCUUGGGCUUACCUCACCCCCCAAAUCUGAGGACCUUCCUCUUCCUGGUCUUCUUCAUCAUUUACAUCCUGACUCAGCUGGGGAACCUGCUCAUUCUGCUCACUGUGUGGGCUGACCCAAUGCUGCAUGCUCGCCCCAUGUACAUUCUCCUGAGUGUGCUCUCAUUCCUGGACAUGUGGCUCUCCUCAGUCAUUGUUCCUCGUGUAAUACUGGAUUUUACUCCUGCCAACAAAGCAAUCCCAUUUGGUGGCUGUGUGGCUCAGCUGUAUUUCUUUCACUUUCUGGGCAGCACCCAGUGCUUCCUCUACACUUUGAUGGCCUAUGACAGGUACUUGGCAAUAUGCCGGCCCCUGCACUACCCCAUGCUCAUGAAUGGUAAGUUAUGCACCAUCCUUGUGUCUGGAGCUUGGGUGGCUGGCUCCAUCCAUGGAUCUAUCCAAGCCAUUCUGACUUUCCGCCUGCCCUAUUGUGGGCCCAAUGAGGUGGAUUACUUUUUUUGUGACAUUCCUGCAGUAUUGAGGCUGGCCUGUGCUGACACAACUAUCAAUGAGCUUGUGACCUUUGUGGACAUUGGGGCAGUGGCUGCCAGUUGCUUCAUGUUAAUUCUACUCUCCUAUGCCAACAUAGUCCAUGCCAUCCUGAAGAUACGCACUUCAGAUGGGCGGCGGCGGGCCUUCUCCACCUGCGGCUCCCAUGUAACUGUGGUCACAGUCUACUAUGUCCCCUGUAUUUUCAUCUAUCUCAGGGCAGGCUCCAAGAGUCCCUUGGAUGGGGCAGUGGCUGUAUUUUACACUGUUGUCACUCCAUUACUGAACCCACUCAUCUAUACACUGAGGAACCAGGAAGUGAAGUCUGCUCUGAAGAGAAUAACAGCAGGUCGAGGGGCUGCAAGUGAAAAUAAGUAACUGCUGGCUGAGGAACUACCUACAUCUCCAUUGCUAUGCUCUUCUCAGCUACUGAUGCAUGUGUCAAACAUUCAACAAGUAGAUGUUACUUUAAGCUUAAUUGAGUGUAAUUUUACUACGAAGAAGCUUCUUGCCCUGGCUGGUGUGUCUCAGUGCAUUGAAUGCUGGCCUGCGAACCAAGGGGUUGCCAGUUUGAUUCCCAGUCAGGGCACAUGCUUGGGUUAAGGACCAGGUCCCUAGUAGGCCAUGCACGAGAGGCAAGCAUUCAUUGAUGUUUCUCUCCCUCUCUUUCUCCUUCCCUUUUCCUCUCUCUAAAAAUAAA